AUGUUGGUCUCAGCGAGUUGCUUUCUCGACAGUGUCUCCUCCCGGCCGUCAAACAAUGAGUCGGCACCUUUAAAAGUUGAGAUACCAGUUGAAACAACUACACAAGUCGAAUCGGAAGACGAACAUCCUGUAUAUUAUCAACCUGAUACUAAUUCAAAAGUUCCUGAUGACACACGAGAUAUUAUCGACAAAAUUAACUCGAUAAACACCGGCCUCGAAAAGCCAAAUGGUCCGAAAAAACACCGUUACAAAAUUCACACAACAGGCGGUACUAUCGUUGUUGAUAUAGAACAAUUACAAAAAUUACAAGAUGAAUACGAGAAUAAUGAAAUAAAAAAAGCAGAAAUGAAUGCACUGAGAAAGGAAAAUGAAAGUAUCAAGCGAUACUUAUAUGCAAGAGAGAUGAAAUUGGGACGAAAUAUAGAAACACCCAUACCACCACUACCAUACAUGAUGAAUGUCCCAGUUAUUGUAGUGCCACAGAGCUUUGAUUUUAACAAUCGGUUUAACUUAAAUAGUAAUAUAAAAUCACUUGCUAUGAACGAUAUCUAUCAAACGAGGCAAAGUUCACCAUCUUUUCCUAGCUUUCCAUCAUUUCCAUCUCUUUCGUCAUUUCCAUUCCAAAAUUUUCAACUCCAAUGGCCUUUUGCCCAACUAUUUCCUUUCAUAAUAAAAGAUCCCUUUCAAACAUUCAGUCAAGGUGGCAGUUGGAAUAAUUUAUUUGAAUAUGGUCAAAAUGCUGAUGUAUGUUCAAGGAAACAAAAAUCAGUAGAUGAAAGCUCACCAGACUCUGAAGAAAACAUAAAUGAAUUGAGCGAUAUGAACUCUCUCAAUUCUUUGCAGACAGUCCAUACACGACAAGAGCGCGCUCUAAAAAAAAGAACCAUAAGCAGCCCUGCUACAAUCCCUCGCCAACAAUUAAACGAUGAUAAAAAAGGAAAAAAGAUUUACGUAACCAAACCUGUUACAACGAGUCAAAAAAAAACUACUAAAAAACCUUACGUAGUUGAGGAGCUAGAGGAAGUGAAAAAUGAAGAGUCUGGUGAUUUGCGGUUUCCUUUUGGGGAUUUUGGUUGGUUUGGUAAUAAAAAACCUGUAGCACCCAGUCCUGGAUUUUUUAUAAAUAAAUUGCGAGUAAGAAAGGGUGGUGUUGCAAUUGCUGGGCCUGGCGGUGUGGCGACGGCAGGAAGAGGAGGCACAGCUAUUGUUGGGCCAGGUGGUCUUGCUUAUACCCAGCCUGGUGGCUUAGCCGUCGCAGGUCCCGCCGCUAGGGUUGUGGCACUCUCUUCAGAUGCAGAUUUACACUCUCUUAUAAGUCGACUUCAACAAGAUAAUGAUGGAUCAGUGCCACGUUCAAAGCAACCGAUCAGGGAAGGCAAAGUAGUAGCCACAGGCCCUGUGGUUUAUUAUCACCCAAAUGAAGAAACAUCAAUCUGA